AUGGCAAACGCCCUAGAAGAGGCUCUCGAGAAUGCCGGUGGGCAUGGUACCUCGUCCCAGGGUGUUUCAAUCAAAACUUUCUUAGCCUCGCUGGCGACGGCUAUUGUCGUCUUCGCUGUCGAAUUUCUGCUCUUCCUAUUGCUCAAGGGCAAACUAACCCGCAUCUAUCAACCACGAACCUAUCUGGUGCCGGAUCGAGAGCGAACUAAGCCAUCACCACCAGGUCUCUUUCGCUGGAUUGGUCCAGUCUUUCGCACAUCUAGCUCUGAGUUCAUCCAGAAAUGUGGACUCGAUGCCUAUUUCUUUCUUCGUUAUCUGCGCAUGCUGCUGAAGAUCUUUAUCCCUCUUGGCUGCUUGAUCUUACCGGUCCUGAUCCCUCUGAAUAAAGUGGGUGGGAAGGGUACGACAUGGGACAACUCCACUUCAACCCAUACCCAAUGGAAUGUGUCCGGCUUGGAUCAGCUGGCUUGGGGUAAUAUCAAACCAACGAAUACAGACCGAUACUGGGCCCAUUUUAUUAUGGCACUCAUUGUCGUGAUAUACGUGUGCGCUGUAUUCUUCGAUGAACUGAGAGGUUAUAUUCGCCUACGUCAGGCCUAUUUGACCUCCCCUCAACAUCGGCUUCGAGCCUCUGCGACCACCGUGCUAGUAACUUCUAUCCCAUCUAAUUGGCUUAAUAUCGAUUCUCUUGAUAAUCUCUUUGAUAUAUUUCCGGGUGGUGUGCGGAAUAUUUGGAUCAAUCGCAAUUUUGAUGACUUAAACGAAAAGGUUAAGGCAAGGAACGGCCUUGCGCUCAAACUUGAGGCCGCAGAGACGGAUCUGAUUGCCAAAUGCAAAAAGAUGCAUUUGAAGAAACUCAAGGCAGAUGCGAAGAAGGCUGGGAAAAUAAAGAGCGCCGAUCAGAACCGCGAGAAAGCUGUUGCUGAUCAAAGUGCGUCCCAAAUGGCAAUGGGCCCUGGUGUGAGCUCGGGUAAUCCCCACCAGGCUCAUACGGUGCGUGAGGCUCUUCAUGAUUCAGACAGACCUGCAAGACAGCCCUCUCGCCGAGCGCGACAUAUAGUAAUUGACCCAGCUAUGGCAGUAGGACAAGGCGUCGGAAAGUUAGGCAAAACGGUGCUUGGUGGUCUCAAAAAGGUCGAAAAUGGACUUGAUAGCACAUUGACUCGGACUGGCGGUUACGUUGAGUCGGCCGACUAUGGAUUGCCCCCUCGUGGUCCCACUCCAGGGGAUGAAGACUAUGAGAACGACUUAGACCAAGACGCCUACAACGAAGUCUCCUUGUCAAAUUCCAGGCCACAGACACCCGAGCCAGCUCAAGGUGAUAGCAUGUGCCGUGAUACCAAGACGUCGCCGCCUAAGCGGCCGUUUUGGAAAAGUCCAGGCUCAAAUCUUUCAAUCCUUUCUAAGCACUCAAAAAACUCCGACCCGGAACCUGAUGAAUAUCCCCUCACUGCGCCCGAUUCCCCUGUCACUGAUACGCAUAAUGGCACUUCAACUAAGGUGGAUUCCAACCAGGAGAAGAAGCGUAAGCACGGUCACAAAGAGGGUGCUGAAGCGGAAGGAGAACAGUACCCAGUCGCAUACAACGAGGCUUUCGAGAACGAAGAUCAUGGAGAGCCAGUGUGGAAAAAGUACAUCAGGCCAAAGGAUCGUGGCACGAUGCGCCUUCCCAUUUUCGGAUGGAGCUGGAUGCCAUCAAUUUGGCUCCUCGGCAAAAAGGUUGAUACUAUUGAGUACUGUCGGAAGGAACUCGCUCGAUUGAAUCUGGAAAUUGAAGUCGACCAACAACAUCCCGAGCGCUUCCCUUUGAUGAAUUCAGCAUUCAUUCAAUUCAAUCAUCAGCUUGCUGCACACAUGGCUUGUCAAGCUGUCAGUCAUCAUCUUCCUAAGCAGAUGGCCCCACGAGUUGUCGAGAUCUCCCCCGAUGAUGUUAUUUGGGACAAUAUGUCCAUGAAAUGGUGGGAGCGCUACCUUCGGACUUUCGGAAUCAUUGCACUGGUAUGUGGAAUGGUUGUAGGGUGGGCAUUCCCCGUUGCUUUCACAGGCCUGCUCUCCCAAUUGUCCUACCUAGAGGGAACCUUUUCGUGGCUCGCCUGGAUCAAUAAAUUGCCAGAGUGGUUUAUUUCGGCUGUCCAGGGUAUUCUACCUGCACUUUUCUUGGCCAUAUUAAUGGCAAUCUUGCCUUUGACUCUUCGAUUCCUGAGUCGAACACAAGGCCUUGCAACCGGCAUGGCAAUUGAACUUACGGUUCAGAAAUAUUACUUUGCAUUCUUGUUUGUGCAGCUUUUCCUCGUUGUUACUAUCGCAUCCAGUUUUUCAACUGUCAUUGAAAAAGCCACGAAUGUGACCAGCUGGCCGGAGCUCUUGGCCCAGAACAUCCCCAAAUCUAGCAACUACUUUUUCUCCUACAUGAUUCUGCAGGCAAUGUCUGUCAGUGCGGGUGCCUUGGUCCAGAUUGUUGGUUUGGUCAGCUGGUUUAUUCUUGCUCCCAUCUUGGAUUCCACAGCCAGAAAGAAGUGGGCUCGUACUACUAACUUGAAUCAAAUGCAGUGGGGGUCUUUCUUCCCAGUUUAUACAACCCUCGCCUCAAUUGGAUUAAUCUACUGCGUGGUUGCGCCUCUCAUUCUGAUUUUCAACGUCAUCACGUUUGGGCUCUUCUGGUUUGUCUAUCGUUACAACACGUUGUAUGUGACCAAGUUCCGUUUUGACACCGGCGGUCUCUUGUUCCCUCAAGCCAUUCACCAGCUUUUCACUGGCCUUUACAUCAUGGAGCUGUGUCUGGUCGGUUUAUUCUUCCUGGUUCGAGACCAAAAUAAUGGAGUCGCAUGCAAAGGUCAAGGAAUUUGCAUGAUUAUCGUGCUUGUCCUAACUGUUGGCUAUCAACUGCUACUCGACAAUGCAUUUGGCCCUCUGAUCCGGUACUUGCCCAUUACUUUGGAGAAUGAAGCGGUGCGUCGUGAUGAGGAAUUUGCUCGUGCCCAACACGCCCGGCUCGGUCUCACAGUCGAUGAUGAAGCCGAAGAAAUUGAUCACAUGGAACAGCACCUUGCUGAACAAGAUCAAGAUGAGGGCCACCAAGACCAAAACAUCGAAUUAAAAAGUUUGGAGCCAGGUGAUCAAAAGUUGCAACACCAAUCAAGUGACCGACUGCACAAAACCAAAUCGACCCGCAAUCAAUCUUCCUGGGCCACUCGAUCGCCAAAUCGGCGGUCCAAGUUUUUCGGAAUCAAUUCCGCCACCAACAGCCCAACAAUCAAUACCUUGCGAGAUCGAAUGGCGAAUGAUGCCGAAAACCAAGGACCACCCACUAAAACGAUGGGCCAUUCCCUCUUUGCGGGCCUUAACGACGAAUUGGAGGAUCUCACACCCGAUGAGCGCGACCAAUUGGUACAACGUGCAUUCCAGCACGAGGCCCUUCGAGCCAAACGACCUGUCAUCUGGAUCCCAAGAGAUGAGAUGGGUGUCAGUGAUGAUGAGAUUUACCGUACUCAACGGUUCAGUAAACACAUCUGGGUCAGUAAUGAGUACCAAGCGCUGGAUGGAAAAGGACGAACAAUCUUCAGUCGCAGUCCACCAGACUUCUCACAGGUUGACCUGAUCCAGUUGUGA